AUGCGAAAUGCACUUCCACCGAAAUCACCAUUGAAAUGGAACAAUUUACGAAAAGAAGACAAAAAAUUCAUCGUUCCUUAUACAAUUACUGGUUCUUAUAGUAGUGAAGAAAUUAAUGUGAUUUAUGAUGCUAUGAAAAGCAUUGACAGAAACACCUGCAUCCGAUUUAGACCUCGAUCCUCAGAGGCAGAGGAAGAUUAUGUUGACAUCCAGAAUGGUCUAGGAGAAGGUGGAACAGGUAGCAUUUGUCCUAGCAGAUGCAUGAAGUAUGAUGUUGUAAUUCACGAAUUGCUGCACGUUCUUGGUUUAUGGCAUGAACAUAUGCGUGAGGAUAGAGAUCAGUAUGUCAAAGUGCAUAAUGAAAACAUUAAAGAUGGUUACCAGAAUCAGUUUGGAAAAAUACUGCCGAGUGAUGCUUACACCUACGGAGUGCCUUAUGACUACUUGUCUAUUAUGCAUUACGAAAAGAACGCGUUUGCCAAACCUGGAACGAUUACUUUGGAAACAUUAGAUGGUAAAUAUCAGGAUCUGAUUGGCAAACAAAAAGAACCAUCGAAGAACGACUACAAAAAGAUCUGUCACAUAUAUGAGUGCAGUACUUGCUAUGGUGAAAUGACGGACUACGAAACAUCUGAAACGACCCCAGAGUCAACAACGACGACUACAUCUCCAUCAGUGACGAGAACGACGCCUUUGCCACCAUUCACGGCAGAGUGCAAGGACAAGGACACUUCGUGCGCAGGGCUCUUAAGCGAAAGCAGGCUCAACUGCUCUGCCGCCUACUAUUCAGAUUUGUGUUGUGCUUCAUGUAAAUUGCUGAUUGAAGCUAUUGCUUUUAACAGAAGAACAACACAACAGCCAGAUACCCGUCCCGUCUCGCGUGAAUCACACCCGUCUCCGCCAGCAGACUUUUCAACAGCCGAUUCGAUCUACCGUUGUGAGGAUAAGGAACCUGUGAGAUGUAAAGAAUUAGCAGAGAACCAUUUGCUUAAGUGCCUCACUGAGAUUGCCGACGUCAAUCUCUGCUGUCGCACCUGUAAUCGUAUUCUUGAUUAUCUUGUGCGUAUUCGUCAUUUCGUGUAG